UCUCGCAAGCGGAAGUGCGUCUAGGUUCAUCUUAGUGGCAAGAUGGUGGCCACCAGAAGAGGAACACGCGUGAGCUCCCCUGUGAAAAAUAUUAAUGAUGAAAUCUCUGGAGCCACGCAGCCUACUCCUUCGACCAGAAGAACACGGCGCACAACGCUAAUGGAGGAAAACCAGUCCCAGUCCGAACGUGCGGGCGACUCCCAGCCGGAUGAACCAAAGGACGAAAAUACAACCUCUUCCUCAGCAACAAGUCCACCCAAGCGAGACACUAGAAGAUCCACACGUCUCCUUGCUGACAAAAAGCAACCUAACUCUUCCCAUGAAGCUGAUGUGUCUGAGUCCGAAUCCUGCUGCUCUGUAGUUUCCGAUGUGCAGGCGACACCUAGAACCCGACGGAGGACUGCGGUCAGGGAGAAGCCCGCUGUGCAGGACGAAGCAUCCGAAGCUGAAUCCUGCUCGUCUGAGGUGUCCGCGACCCAUUCUCACAGAGCCCCGCGCAGCCUGAGAAAACGUGUUCUGACUUCAGCAGCUGCAAAAGAUGCCGCAAAGAAUGAUAAUGAUGAGCCCUCAGGGGCCGAGUCCUGCAGUUUUACUAUGGACACUCGUCAGAUAACAAGGAGCCGUCGGAUUAGCGCUGUGAAUUCCACAGAACCAGAUUCGUCUGAGCCAGAGUCAUGCUCCUCCAGCGUUUCCGGCCUUCGUAGCUCUGUGGUCCGCAGAUCUGCUCGUAACCAAAAGGUCAAACCUGAACCGAUUCCUUUGAGCUUUGAGGAAACCACAGACACCCCUUCUUCUCCAGCAUCCAAGAAGAGAGGCCGUAGGCCCAAAACAGAAAUUGACAACAAAAAUGACUCGGAUGGAUGCAAGUCAGGUCCCAGCAUGAGUCCGUGGAGAUCCACCAGGCGCCAACCCAAACCUGAUGCUCUGGUUGGCGAAUCCGAUUCAGAAUCGGUAGCUACUGAUGUCUGCAAUUCUCAUGGGAGCCCAAGCCCUCAAAGGGGACGAGGGACUCCUUGUAGUAGCCGAACUGGGUCUGCUAGUAGUACCCGUGCAACCAGGACAAGAAGUAAAGCAAAAGUGACUUCUGAUGUAGAUGACACUAUUACAACUGAGGAACAGGGUGAGGAGCUUGAACCUCACCAUGAAAGUCUUCCAGUACCUGAUGGGGAUAAAGCUGAAGACAAAAUGGAACAACUGGACAGCACCAUGACCAUGGACACCAGCGAAGCUCAAGAUUCCACCAUGACUGAGGAGAAAGCUGAAGAUACCACUGUAGGUUUUGAUCAGGAUGAGCUCAUGGACAUGCAGGAGCCUCAAAGCAACACGCAAGACAUCGAGCCAGUGGAGGACGGUGGAAAACCUGUGUCUGAAGAGCCUGGAGAUGUUACCAUGAAAAAUGAUGAGCCAGAUUUUGUGGAGACAAGCCAUGAUGUUCAAAUAUGUUCUGAGCCUCUUAAGGAGGAUACGGUUGAAGCUGCGGCAGUAGAUCCUGAACCAGCUGUGGCUGAGGAGGCCAUUGAGGAGCAAACAUGUUCUGAGCCUGUGAAGGAAGAUACGGUAGAAGCUGCUGCAGAAGAUCUGGAACCAGCUGUGGUUGAGGAGACCACUGAGGAACAGACUUGUACUGAGCUUGUGAACCAGGAUUAUGUACCAACUGUGGUUGAGGAGCAUGAGAACAAGGUUGAGUGUGAGAGAAGAGGUGUAGUUGUUUAUGAGGAAGCUGAGACAACUGAAAAUGACUCUGUUACAUUAAAUGACCUUGAAGGCCCUUCUACAAGCUCACACACUCAAGCAAAUUUGACCACCGCAGAUGAAACAUCUAAGAAACCGCCUCUCCAGAAAAAAAAUAUUAGUUUACUUGACAGCAGUGAGGAUGAAGACAGUGAUGAUGAAAGUCUGUUAUCAGAGGAGGAAGGCUAUUCACAGAAAGCUAAAGAUGUGCAGAGUGAAGACAAUGUGAUGUGCCCUGAUGGAAAUCAAUUGUCAGAAGAAUCAGAGGCUCAUGGAAAUGAACUGUUUGUUAUAGACACUAAACCUGGACAACGGUCUGUGAAACAGCAUUAUGUUGAUGCCAAGCAAACCGAGGAAGAGAAUGAGGAGGAUUUUGUUGAUGAGGAAGGAGAUGAUGAUGAUGACGAAGAUUCAAAAGUGCUGUUCGCUCCCAAAAAGUUGCCUCCGAUAAAGCUAUCUAGUGCCAUUGACACAGGUCUGAAAAUGAAGGAGCUUGGUGGUUUGUACAUCAGUUUUAAUGGCAACAAGCCGAAGAAUCUUUCCAAAAUUUCAAAAACCCAGAAGGACCUGAGCAAUCCAGAUGAGUUGCUGAAGAAGAGUGUUAUCGUUCCGGAUUUUGAGAAGAAAGAUGCUGUGCCACCGUACAGUGAAUCAAAGCAUGCUGCUAAACUCAAGCGCAAGGCGGAAAGAGAAAAGACAACUGGUGAUGGCUGGUUCAACAUGAGAGCUCCUGAAUUAACAGAAGAGCUCAAAAAUGACCUGAAGGCACUUAAGAUGCGCUCAGCUAUGGACCCAAAGCGCUUCUACAAGAAGAACGACAGAGAAGGACUUCCCAAGUACUUUCAGGUUGGUACGGUGGUUGACAACCCAGUAGACUUCUAUAGUUCAAGAAUCCCUAAGAAACAAAGAAAAAGGACCAUUGUGGAAGAGCUGCUUGCUGAUGCAGAGUUUAGAAGUUAUAACAAAAAGAAAUAUCAUGAGAUCAUGGCAGAAAAGGCAGCACAGGCUGCUGGCAAGAUGACGCAAAAGAAGCACACUUUCCAUAAAAAGAAAAUGAAUAAAUAACUGCAUAAGCCAAAUCAUUUUUCCCUGUCUUUCCUGAAC